CAAUUAAACGCGUCUGUUGGUAAAAGCAGUUGGUACUUUUUUCACUGUUACCCUGUUUAGUCGCAACACCGUUCUCUACUAACUUUUGGUCGCACCGAUGAUGCAUUUCUUGUGAAAGAUUGACGUCCAAAAGUUAAUGUGUCUUGGCAAGGCAGAGGGCGCAUGAUUGAACUGUGUGAUAUAUAUAUGCGACUGGUUUUACGGUAUAACUUGCAAAAGGUUCACAGACAGAUGUUUAAAGAUAUACGAGUUCACCGACCUUACGUUGAGUAAGAAACAUCAGCGUAAAAUGAUGUCAUUACAUCUUCCAUAAGCUUAAUGUUCCUGGAUCUAUGUCGUACUAUUCAGUAGAUAAGUUACGGGCGUGGCGUUAGCAGUCGAAUUUAACUGUCGCAUUUCGAAUAUAAACGACGAGAAAAUGUGGCGGAUUUGUAUCGCGUUGCUUUUCAUCUUUCAGUAUAAGUUGGUCGAGUGCCAACUUCUUGCCAACACGACACUUGGUUUGGCACAAGGACAGUUAAGCAGUUAUGGUCGGCCCGUCACCGAGUUCCUUGGCAUUCCGUAUGCAGAACCACCGAUCGGCCCAAACAGGUUCGAACCCCCAGUUCCAUCGUUGCCAUGGAAUUCUACAAAAUACUUUUAUCAAUAUGGUUCAUCUUGUUAUCAAGCAAGCCCCACAACUCAACAAAGAAUUAAAGAUCAAAAAACAACGGACGAAGUUCUUGUGUACUCUGACAUGAGCGAGGACUGCUUGUUCUUGAACAUAUACACCCCAUGGCGAGCAGGGGACAUCGACAACCUUUUACCAGUGAUGAUAUUCGUUCACGGAGGAAACUUUCAAAGGGGAACCGGUAAGGUUUACAAAGGGGCAAAGUUGGCGGGCGACAAUAACGUAGUUGUCGUAACGUUCAACUACCGAUUAGGAGUGUUGGGUUUUCUAUGUGGUGAGGAGAAUGGCAUCAAUGGUAACUAUGGACUGCUGGACCAAGUUGAAGCUUUUAGAUGGGUCAAGAACAAUAUUGAGGCUUUCGGCGGCGAUCCAGCUAAAAUUACUAUAUUUGGUGAAGAGGCCGGUGGCUCCUCCGUUCACAUGCAUGCCCUCUAUCCAAAGAACGGAGGAUUAUUUUCGAAUGUGAUUAUUCAAAGCGCUGCGUACGACGACAGUCUGUGGUCACGUCAACAAGCAAAUGACGCAUUUGAAUUGUUUUUGAAGUCCGCUGGAGUGUCAGCGGAUGAAAACCUUUCUGUGAAUUUGCAAAAUAUCUCGGUACAAAACCUAAUCAAUUCAUCUCAAGUUGUCUCGGAUUGGCAUCCAUGUAUCUCUUCCUCUUUCAUCAACGAAUUUCCAAGUGAAAUUAUGGCGGUCGGAAACUUCAGUUCAAGUGAAAAAAAUGUAAAUAUUAUGUGUGGAUCAAAUUCCGGAGCAGGCCAGGAGAACAAUGUUAACGUUAACGAUGAUGAUUGGUUGGUGGUAUUGACGGAGUCAGUAGUGCAAGAAGCUUUUCCUCAGCAAUAUGGGUUGAUUACAAAUGAUGACAUCACACGUAUGAGCUCUAAUUAUUUCAAAUAUUACGCCGCAUACCAAGAUGAUAAUAACAGCACUAUGAAGAAGUUCCAGAUAAAAAAUAUCGUAGAAAACGUGGUUGGAGAUCAAACCUACUUUACAUGGGCACAAGAAAUUUCAGGUGGAAUGGAAAGUGAGGUUUCCUCAAUCUUUCAAUAUCGGUUUUCGCUGGUUGAUUCGUCAGGUAUCGUUUCAAGUUCUGGAGCACCCAUCUCAGAAGAACUGGUAUAUUUGUUUGGAUACAAUGUUUCUCCCGAAUAUGAUACGAUGUCUAAAGAUAUAAUGAAGUAUUGGACCAACUUUGCUAAAUCAGGUAACCCAAACUGGCCUGACAAUACCUCAGCAACUUGGCCCGAAUACAAGACAUCUGAACAGCAACAAUGUCGAUCUCGGUUAACUUUAGAUUCCUUGCCAUACCUAUCGACACAUUACAUCUCGCACGACGAGGUGACGUCACGAAGCUGGGAGUUUUGGGGAGAUUAUUAUAAAACCUUAGGUUUUGCCUGUAAUGAUACUUUGCCAGCGAAUACAAGUACAACCGACCCUGGUGAACCGACCGGUCCGUGUGUAUGCGAAGCAUCUGUUGCUGAAAUUUUUGGAAUUGCUUUGUCCAAUGAAGCAGCUGCUAUUUUGAUGUUCGUAUUUAUUUCCAUUUCCGGAGUUUUCAUUCUGAGUCUUCUAGUAGCAUGUUGCUGCCUAUGCAAACUCAAGAGGGCAUUGAAGAAAGAAAUCAAGAAACACAAGCGGCCCAGUAUUGACCGAAGUUACGACAACCCAACAUGUUCCGCUUACAAACUAUAAAGCUGCCAUUUACGAAUAUGUCGAAUGAUAAUUUACCAAGUUGACGGCGUAUGUUGCAGAUUGGUUAAAUUGUAUAUUCAGUUUAAAUUUAAUAAACGUCCGUUUAAUUAAAAAAUGCAUCGCAUUAGUAACAUAUAUAAACACUAAAAAUAUUAUUAGUUUAAUUUUGUUAAAAAAAAUUUUAAAAAAAUACUCCUAUACCCGCCAAGUAGCCUAAUUGAUAUAAACAUGUUUAAGUAUACAUGGCCUAUGAAAUACUUUCAGUAGAAUGUU